AUGGGGGGCUGGCUGCCCACCCUGCAGCUCGUCCGCCAUGGCUCCAAGGCGGUCACUCGCCACUGGAAGGCCAUGCACUUCCAGCGCCAGAAGCUGAUGGCUGUCACCGAGUACCUGGCCCCGAAGCCGCUCAUCCCCGAUCAGUGUCUGCCCCCCAAGAAGGAAGUGGUCAAGGAGGCAGAGGAGGAUAACGGCUACGUCAGGCUGUUACGGCGACUGGUAGCAGAGGCAUUCCGGGACAACAGGAUGAUUGUGGUGUGUCAGUACAACCCCAUGCCCAACGAAGAUAUGCUGCUCAUGAGACACUACCUCCGGAAGCACAACAUUGAGGUCAAGUUUUUCCUGAAUGAGAUUGUCAGACCUGUGCUGUCCCAGUCCAAGUACAAGAAUCUCCUCCCUCUCUUUGUGGGACGCAAUAUCCUGCUAGUGAGCCCAGAAACCAAGGUGAAAGAAAUGCUGCGAGUCUUGAAGGGUGUGCCACAAAUCAACCUCCUGGGCGCCUGCAUCGACGACACCAUCCUGAGCAAGAAAGGGGUGGAGAACUUUGCCAAACUGCCCUCCCUGGAGGCUUCCCAAGGGCAGACGGUGGGUGCCCUGGCCCUGCUGCCCUCCCAGACGUGCUCCCUGCUGCAGCGCAGCUCGGUGCACCUCACGGCCCUGCUGGAUGAGUACAUCAAACAGCUGCAGGCUGGGGCUGAGGCGACUGCUGGGAGCCCCACGAAGCCAGCGCUUUCCCAGAGCUCGGAGGCCCACUGACGUUGGCUCCCCGAUCGGGUCCCGCAUGCACAGUGGUCAGGAGACCGCUCCUUCACCAGGCUGCAGUUGGGUGGUUGGGAACUGAAGGUCUGGUCCUGUGUCACAUCCAGUAGUGGGCCUGAGGACAAUAGGGGGGCAGCGUGAUACCAUCAGCCUGUUUGGGGAGCCCCGUUUGCACAGCCCUUCUCUUUGCUCCCUGCUGCCCACGCUGGUGGCGCACAGGGGCGACCUGGUGUGUUUUGGGUGCUGCACUCUAGUGGGGGGACGUGGUCGGAGGGAGGGAGCACAGUGCUUGUAUCGGAGAGGCACCAGAAUCGGCUGGAGUAGGCAGAGCAGGGGAAGAGACUGUGGCUGCUGCUGGCGUGGAAGACAUCCAGCCUGUGCACGUGGAAAUGCUCCGGGCGGUCCCAGCCAGGAGCUGGAGAGCUGCUGUGCCGGCAGCGAGGAGGAGGUGUGCUGUGCUGCUCCGCAGGAGCUGGGGGCGAGGGGCAGCGCUACCCGUGCUGUCGCUGUGGGAGCUGUCUCUCUUCCAUUAAAGUGAACCACUUGGUGUUAACAAGUGA